CGCUUUGUUCGUGUAUUCGUGUCACAUUGCGUAAAAACUUUUCUAGCGCGUUCCGCGGUAAAGUACGAGCUCUGUGGGUUUGUCUCUUGUAAACAAGACACGUAAAGUAGGCAGGCGGGCAGACAGCGUUUCCCAUGGUGAUUUUUUGUUGCACAGCACUCGGCGCUCGACCAUUUUGUUCGCGAUCGAAAUAAUCAGCAGAAUCGCGCUUUUGGCCACCAUCGAACUGUGUUGCUGUGCUGUGUUGGUUGUGUCAUCGUUCCGUUUUUGUGUUAGUAGCGUUCAAGGCGAGAAAAAUACAUCGUUCACGCUAGUUUCUAUUUUCCACUACGGUAAAUAUUGAUACGUGGAAGAUUCUGCAGUGCAGUGGUGCAGUUAGCAUAGAAGUAUCUCGAAGAUGCAAAGUACCAUCGAAUAGUGCAUUAAUUUCGAUUACGCAAGUUUUUAGGAACAUUCGCGGGCAUAGCAUGCGGCGCCCAUUCUUCUGGCCACCGCCUGCUAUUUGUUUUAUUUGGAUUAUUCAUUCGUGGCGUGUCGUGUGUGUGCGUGUGAGAAGUUAGUCGAGUUUUCCUUGAAGCGCUGACAACAGCAGCUGCCAAACGUCAAAGGCGAUCCGUCCAUUCGUGAAAUCGGAGUGGAAUAAAAAUGGCGCGAGUUUGCGGGCGGCACCUAAUAGCGUAAAUAGUUUCCCUGAAGGGAUGAAAAUUUUAGCAAUAACUAGGAAUCUGCGCGAAUUACCACAGAAACAUUCGAAAGACGGUGAGAAACAGUGAACUUCGAUGCGCAAAGGUGGAAAUUUUUGAGCUUUUCGUGCGUGGCUUCGCGUUUUUCUAUCGGUAUUUUCUUUCACUUUGCAUUUGGCGGCGCACACACAAACACGUUCAAUAAUCGCACCACAGUGACGAAUGACUAUUUUGCAAUAUUAUUGUUGUGAGUAGUAAUGACCUCUUCCAAGUGAUAAACAAAAAGCCCUGUGUGUUUGGUAAACACAGCAUGUAGCUUGCAGCCGAAGCGGUUGUGGCUUUGUGAACUGGAAAAUUGUGCAACCAAAGUACUGAGUAUUUUGAUGAAUGUGUUUUUUUGGCGAUGUUAAUUGCUGUUAUAUGGUAGGAAAAGUUGAGCCAAAAAUGGUGCACUACCCAAUGAUGUGAUACGCGACGCCGUGACUCGCGUUACGAAGAAGAGGAAGAAGGGCCGCAAUUGCAACUAAAUGUCGAAGGCAUGGUAUCGCCCUCCAAAACCAAGUAUUCGAGGGUCGCAGCUAAUCAGCAGCAGAGAACGGCUUCAUCGAAUAAAGUGAAACUAGUGAAAGGCCCGAGACCCUUGAUAUAUCACCGUUUCUAUCUGGACAUCCAGAAGCACCAACUUGCGAGCAAGGUCGAAAACACCAUCAAGGAACUUGGCGGGCGGAUAGAAUUCUUUCUUGUCAAGGAGAUUACCCAUUUCAUCACCGACAAGGACUAUCACCACCAAAACCAGCAUCAGCAGCAAGGUCAGAACGCUGCGGCAGACUUUAACGGAGGACCCUCGUACAAUUCGCUCCAGUCGCCGGCGACUCCAACGACACCGCUCACGCCCAAGACAUCAUUCGCUUCGCACUACCUGUCGCAGCAGUAUGUAAACGAAGCCUCGCCAUCGUCACCAUGCAUCGGCACACCAUCGGCUUCGGCGGGGACCGGUACUGGCACCACCACCGUGAGUACAGUGCACGGCGUUUCCGGCAGUGAGUACAAGAGUAAACCACGCAGCCGCGCGGAUGCUAUGCUCCAGCGUGUCCGCCAACAGCAACAACAACAACAGCAGCAUCAACAGAACUAUCAUUCAUCAAACUUUUCAGCUUCACGUCCGGGCAGUCCGUGCAGUCCAGCACCACCAUCACUACUAGCCACACCGAAAGCGGCGGCGAUCGGUAACCAAUUUCGCAUCGAUCGAGACAGCCAGAGUCCGGUUCAGCUAGCGAAAUCCUGGGGUAAACCGAUCUGGUCAACCGAAUACGCGGUGCGAUACUUCAACAAGGUAUUUGAAUCGUGCAAAGCGGAUGUAGAAGCUCUGACGAAGGAAUCUUCGGCGGCAAAUCGGAAGGCGACCAAUCUCCAACAUCUGCGGGGAGAUUUCGUUAAGAUCGAAUCUUUCAAGCGGCAGCACCGACCAGCCUUUCAUCUUUUUAAAAAGUGGCCCGUGUUGAAUUUGAACGCGAAAUCUACCGGCUCACCGUUCGAUAGCAUUCAGGAGAAGUCAACGGCUGUGACAGCGGGAGCGGGAACUGCGGCGGCUCCAGCGGCCAGCAAUAAAACAGUGAAAGACCCGACCGUCACGCCGGUUCCGGAAAGUGUGAAAACAACGACUACCAAUGCUACCGCGAAACAGCAAACCCAACAGCAGCAGCAGCAGUGUGGUUAUUGUGAGAUUUGUCGAAUCGAUUACGAUGUGCUGGCGAAUCAUUUGGUUGGGCAGGAGCACAGUGCGUUUGUGAACAACGCAAACAAUUUUGUGGCAUUGGAUAAACUAAUUGGUGAAGGUGGUGUGAGUUUGGAGACGUUUCUGAGCGAAGCCCAAAAGACCGCAGUGGUCGAAGAAGAGAACGUUCGGAGUGAGCUUUGUGAGAACGAUAAUAUUGUGCAGGUGAAGGAAUGUGAGGUUGAAGAAACUAUCGAGGAUUGUAGCAAACCAGAGGAGUCCAAGGGGACAGAAGUACAGAAAGUUAUUAGAACAUAUACCAGGAAAUCAAAAGAUAAAAACCCAUCGGGUUCAGCACCGGCAGCAUCUUCUCCCAGCAGGGCAGCGCCUGGGUUACGUAAUUACGCUGGCCGGAAGGGGCCAGCAUCGGCAGCAACAAAACUAAACCCUACAUCGUCAACCCCGACAUCAUCAUCAUCAUUCACUGUCGCGGCCGGAGCGCAAAUGUUUGGACGACGCUCAGCGAUCCAUCAUCAUCCCCAUAACACACUGAAUCAUCACAACCAUCAGAAAGCGAAGGCGGCCAAACUCGUGCAACAGGCAAUCAUCAACAGUGCGAUCAGUGCUUCCGAAUUAGCGACAGCGGCAGCAAUAGCGAAGCAGCAGGAAAAGCACCAUCAGCAGCAGCAGCAGCAACAGAAAAAGGAGGAAGAGUUGGCAGCCGAGGACAAGCAUUCGGCGCCUGCAGUAGUGGCAGCCGAGGAGAUGAAAGUGCUCAGCAACAGCAGUAGUACCAACGAGAAGGAGAAAGAGCGCCAGUCGAAGCGUAGUGCAGCGGACAGAAUGGGAUUGAAGGGGUCUACCAUCAAGCCGGAGCAUCACUCGGUCGAGUUGAUGGAGUGCGAGGGUUUGGAUCCGAAGAACACCAAACGCAUCAGCUUGGGGCUAAGGCAGAAUCCGAAGCGGGCUAAUUUGAACGAAGAUUUCACCAGUCUGCUAGAUGAGACGCUGGAACCGAUGCGUAAGCCACGCAUUCGGAGAGAAUCGGCAAAGCGAAUCAACUACUCAGAACCACGAGAGGAUGAAAUCGCGUCCCAGGAAGAGAUCAUGCAAAGUAUUAUUGAUAGUACGGCAAUCGAAGCGGGUGAGACGGCCAGCGGUAGAAAAAAAGGACGCGCAAAAUCAGUGGAUGUAAAAAUACGUGGUAUUCAGUGGCGUGCACCGUCUCCGCAGUCCCGACCUCCGGUCAAAUCUCCCCUGCUCUAUAAAGUAAUUGAAGAUCCAAAGUCGAAGAGUAAAAAGAACACUUCCCCCACUAAGGAAUCCACUGCCAGUGGCAGUCCUAGUAAAACAAAUAAAAAUGGAAUAAUCGUAAAGAUUCGGAGGGUUCGGCAGUCGGAGCUUAGUUUGCUAAAUGACGAAGCGGAGAAUUUCAUGUUUCCCAAGAAGGAUGAGAGUUCCGACGAAGAGACGGAUGAAGAUCGACAAACCACCUCGGAGCUGGCUUCCGGGGAGUACUCCCAGGAAAUCUUGAGCAGUGAUAUUGAACAGCGAAAUUCCAGCAUGCGAAAGUCUGCUGGAACACCUGGUCCAAACAGCAGAAAACGAACACCUGCUCCCAGUAAACUUCCGACAGAUUCUCCUAGUAAAAAGAGUGCGAAAAUUGUCGAUCGGAGCUCUGCAACCACUCCGGUGCCAGGAGGAAGGGGAGGACGUCGUGGCAGCCGUGGACCGGCAGCGCUUCUCCAAGACAACGCUGAGUAUUACAAAUUUCCUGAUCCGGGAUCCAGGUUGCGAUUUCCGGAAGCCCCCAUCCAGCCAGACCCCGCAGUAGAAGACAAUGAAUCAAACACAGCAUCGUCGUCAGUAGCGACAGCAAGCGACAACAACAAUCGCAGCAAAAAGCGCAGUGGUGGCGGUAGUAGAAGAAGCACUCGUGCGGUUACACCAGCUCCGGCUACGGUGACCAGCAAGGAGAAACAGCGGCGACGGCAACAGCAGCAGCAAGAAAAAGACGUCCCGUUGACUACCAGGUCAGCACCUGGUUCUCCCUGCCACAAUCACCACCAGCAGGAGGACGGAGAGGAAGAGGAGGACGAGCUGAAGCAAGAGCUGUCACUACCUACGAGCUGUGGUCAAAUCAUUGCCAACAAGGGGAAGGAGGAUGGGAUGGGGGUGUUCAAAUGGAGCAAUUUCAAUAGGAACUGUAAGCAAAUUGAACCAUAUCGGUUCGCGUUCGAGCGGGUUCCCUCGCUGGAACCGUGGUACGAGACGUUCCAGCGCCAGGACGAGAGCUGCGAGAAGAUGUACGAGUACUUUGGGAAUACUGCAUACCGGAAACUGCCAUACGAGAUGGGGCCGCUGCCUGCGCUGCAGCAAAACUGUUGCAUUCUCAACUAUCGCAUUAAGUCGAAAGCACCAGAGUCAAGUAUACCAACCACCACAACAAACAACAGUAGUAAUAGUAGCACCGGCAGUAGUAGUAAUGGCGGUAGUUGUGGUGUUACUGCAACCACUGCCACUCCUGCGACCGAAGGCACCACAACGACAGCGAGAUCACCGCCGACGACUGCUCCAAUCUCCGGCGCAGCAGCACCUAACACCACUGACAUCGUAAUAGAUCAGUCGCUAUCGUUGCCACUGAAGAAGCGAAAACUACUUAUAGAAUCGGAACGCCCUCGGAAGAGUCCCCGGGAGCACGCCUCCACGCUAGCCAUUCUCGGUCUUCUGCAGCAGCAACAGCAGCAUAAUCGACGGAGAACGAUCAGCGCAUGUUCGAGCAUUCCAUUCAUCACUCAAACCAGCCUUCUUCGACCACCGAGUCCAUUGUAUAGUCCCAAGAAACAGGAACAGCAGCAGCCGCAGCAGGAGGCGGAUUCGGCGCUUGGGGAUGAAAUUCGUUCUUCCUGUGGGAGCGACCCAGUCACUGAGAAAGAGGUCGUGGAACCCCCGGAAAGUGGGGGUAGUGGUGGUGCCAGCAGAAUAAAAUUCGAUCCACCGGUGAUCCAGGAUUCUUACAUAGACUACAAGAUGAUGUGCCAACAGCUGGAGGAAUUUUUAAGUGAGAAGGGCACAUGCGAUCCGAUGGAGGAAGAUGAUGUGUUCUUUGGGCUUGAAGUUCCGCCAGUCGCUAAGACUGUAUCGAUUGGGGAAGUGGGAGCGGAGGCACCCAUCAAGCGUGAUCUUCUCGAUAUCGUGCAAGCCUGUGAUAAAGAACCACCCCUUAGCUUGAAGUUGGUCAGCCGCCAUGAAAGCAUCGUGCGGAAGAUUGUUCAGUACGACCGGAGGCCUCGGGCUCUUAGCUCUAUUUCGAUCAAGUCAUUCGAUGGGGGAGGAUCCGGUUUCGGGAUAUUCAGGAAACGUAUCAACAGGACAGGGUGGCCAAAUGCGAAGAAGCGUAUUGUCACUAGGAAGCAGCAACUUUUGCUGAAGGUGAAACGUGAGGAGGGAGGCGAGAAUGUUAAGAUGGAGGAAGGCGGGGAUGAGUUACGAAACUCGCCGACGGAGGAAUCUCAGAAUAGUGGAUCUGUGGAGCAGAUUAAGGUGGAACAUGAGGAUGAGAACGAAGAGGAGGAAGAUGACGAGUUUGAAGAUACAAUGACCAUGAUCGAUGAUGAGGACCCCCAAGGGGACAAGAUUGAUCAGCUAAUGACGGAGGACGAAGAAGAUCUAGUGACGCCAAAGAAGGCAGUUGAUGAUCGUCCUUCAACUCCUGUGCCAAGUAGAAUGGAGGAAGUGAACCUUCUGAAUAGAUCUCGCAUUUUACCCAGCAGUAAGUAUGUGACUAAAACUACGACCACUAUGACACGGGUCGAUUACAACGUUCCUUUGCCGUCACCUGGUGCCAUCACGAAUUUAAACCCGUCAAGUGGAGUCAGCGAAAAACAGCAUGCUUCUUCUGCUAACCAUCACCACCACCACCACCCCCAUCCACAACAACCCUCCACUCCGGCACGUACCAAAUCCGAAGUCAACUGUACGAAUUCGUCAAUAGCUGCCAUUAUCCCCGAUGACGACGACAAAGAGUGCGAUUCGAUCAGUUCCCGGAGUAUCUUCGUGAGCGAUGACUGUGAUACAACUUCAUCCACGCUUAUCAACUUGUGCACCGAAGAUUUGCCAUCGAACCAUCCCCCAGUGUCAUCGGGUGUCACCCCUAUCUCUCUUCGAAGCUGCGCAACACCCUUACCUACUGGUGCCCUUCAAUCGGACGAACCUCUGGAUCGACCUGGUUCACGGGUUUCACGCAUCAGCAACAACUCCCGUCAUCCGGCAGCGAAUGCCGGCAGCAGGAGGAGGCGAACUUCUUCGGCGUGUAGCAAAUCAUCCACCCUUCAGCCGAUCGUUUGCUUGGAGAAACUCAACUGUUCCUCGAUGCGAACCCGAUCAUCCUCCCGAACUCCCGUCAAAACGUACAAACGGUCGGUGUUCACUAGUGCGCUCAUCAGUUCUUCCGGGAAACCGUUGAAAAAGAAGAGGAAGAAAAAACACAAACUCAACGGGAACAGUUCAUCGGCAUCCGGCGACACGUCUUCUCCGAUUUGUCUCCUAGAGGAUGAUCAUAAUCCCCCCGUCACCGCGGCAACCACAGACACAGCCAGGACCACCACAUCGGCAGGAUGCGAAGGAGAGCCAGACCUGUUGGAUGUGGAUCCGAGCCAUAUCAGUGAUAACCCCCAGCGGCGGUCCACAAAAAAUCGGCCUCCAACGCCGAGUCCGAUUAAAUUCUCUCCCCGGAAGCUGCGGAAACCACGGGGGAGGUGGUACAGGGAAAGAUAGGUAAGUUCCGCUUUCGCGCAAUGAGUCAAACGUCUUGUUUUUGUGGUGCGCACACAUUUUGUGGAUGUGUAGGCGUUAUUCAAUCUAUGAGUCACUUCGCUCUGUGAGUCCAAAAAAAAAAAAGAAAUCGUGAGAACCAAGGCUAACAGUAUACCGAUAUUUAUUGGAAUGUGUAUUAGGAGGAAACUGCCGCGCAGAGAGAACUGCGGCGAAAGCAGAAAGGAAGCAAAUCGUAGCGCGCGCUUAAUAACGACAAUGUUACGUUUUGUUUUUUUAGCUUCGCUUCCGUUUGUUUGUUUUAAAUACGGAUGGAAACCGAAGCUGCUUAUGAAUGUUUUUUAAGUUGUACUAUUUCUCGUUCAGACUAUUAUUAAUAAGUCUAGCUGUGUAGCGCAAGUUAGGUAACUAUUGAACACAUACAGACAGGAAGAGUUUUUAGACGGGAGAUAGGAAUCCAUUUAUUCAUUAGUUGUAUACAUUAUUUUCCAAAUGCCGUAGCUAAUUCAACAAGCCAAGCAAGUAAAUUAUAAUGAAAUGAAGAAGGAGAACGAUGAACGUAAGGGUAACGUAAACAGAGAAAAAAAGUCUAGAAAGCUUACGAACUAUUAGUACGUGGAUACAUAAAAAACAAAAAAAAACCUUCGAGAAAAUCAUUUUAAAUUAUAGUGUCGGAAAAAAAUUAAAACCCAUGAUGAUAAACCAUCCUGUAAUAAAGAAAACGAUGUUCAAAAGAUUAA